UUUCUUGAAAAAAAAAAGUUAACUUUUUACUUAUUUUCUUGAAAAUAUAUUGUACAAUAUAAUCUAGUCAAAUACUGUGAUGAUGAGCUGUAGAGGAGUGGGGUGGUGGGGAUGGGGUCUAUGAAAGGCCGGGCCGAAGCCAACGCUAAAAAUUAUACUUUUUAUACAUGGUUAAUAUUAAUUUUUAAAGCCCCUUUAGCUUCUGUGUUUAUACUUUUCAUAUUUUGAACCUUCGAGUACCGGGGUCUAUCGGAAACAAGCUAUCUAAUUCAUCUGAGGUAGUGGUAUGGACUGCGUACACUUUAUCCCCCAGACCCCACUUUGUGGGAAUACAUUGGGUAUGUUGUUGUUGUAUUUUGAAUUGCCAAGUAAAAAUUCUAGCUCCGCCACGGAAAGAGGAUGCUGGGGGUGGAGUAUGGUGUGAGAAAGAUUGGAUUUUUGAACUUGUGGGCAGGAAGGAGGAGGGAUUUUAGUGCAGUUCGUGUGACGAAAAUGGCUUGGAGUUUGGAGAACUCUGAUGGGAAUGUGGAGACCCAGAAGGCUACUGUGUCUCCUGCCGCAGAAGAUUAUGCUCAAGAGGCAAUUGAAGCUAUCAGGACAGGGAAAGUCAUAGCUGUGCCCACCGACACACUAUAUGGCUUUGCUUGUGAUGCUUGUUCUGCAGAGGCAGUGAAUCGUAUUUAUGAGAUCAAAGGACGUAAGCAUACAAGUCCUCUGGCUAUUUGUGUAGGCGAUGUUCAUGACAUACAACGUUAUGCUGUGACAGAUCAUCUGCCUAAUGGCUUGCUUGACUGCCUGCUUCCUGGACCCGUGACUUUGGUCUUAAGGCGAGGUGAGUCAAGUAUCCUUGAGAAGUCGUUAAACCCUGGAUUAGAGAGCAUAGGGGUUCGAGUGCCAGACUGUAACUUCAUCAGGGUGAUUGCCCGUGGUUCUAGGAGUGCCCUAGCACUUACUAGCGCAAACCUCAGCGGACAACCUAGUAGCAUAGACAUCAAAGAUUUUGAGAAUCUUUGGGAGCACUGUGCAUCUGUCUAUGAUGGUGGAAUUCUCCCAGCUGGACGAGCUGGAUCGACAGUGGUGGAUCUUACUGAGCUGGGGAAGUACAAGAUUCUAAGACCUGGGAGCGCUAAGGAGGAGACCGUUGCUAUCCUUGAAAGACACUCGCUACUGGAAGAUGGAACUGGAGAUUAGCAAGCUGCCGCUCAAGUUGAAGCUGUUCAGCAAAAUGAGCCUCGUGCACCUGAGUUUGUAUGGUACGACUCAUAGAACCAUGGCUCGAUGCAGUUGUACUUCCUUGGCUGUCUUUGGAAAGCUUUCGAGCUUCUAUUUGGAGUCCAAAUCACUUCGAGUAGAGGAGAGCCACACGCGCGUGUUCAUGUUUUGUUUAGUUUGUUAAUGGAAAUCGGUAAUCACUUAAUACUAGGAUUCAAAGUGUGUUUACUGUUUCACAUUUGAGAACAUUUAUAAUGUAAUGAACAUUGCUAAUGUUUUACUUGGUACAAUGUUACCAGGCUUUUCACACUCUUUUAACACCUUGGAAGUUUUUGUUCAGCCCAAA